AUGCAUCUUCUACCGUUGUGGGCGUUGGCGAUAGCAGGAUGGGUCGCCUCCGUCGCCGCCGCCCCCGGACCUCGCCCUCAGGAAGGAGAGGACCUGCUCCCCGCCCUCAAGGACCUGGCGAGGCGUAAGAGGGCGGGAACCAAGUCCAACCUCCCGUACUCGAACUACAGGCCUUUGGCUGGCAUGCACAGACCCUUCUCCGGGUACAGGUCUCUCUCCCGUGUGCGCAGGUACCGCUACCCGAUCUACCGCAAGCGCUCCAGCCGCCCUCAGCCGCAGUACGACUACGAGGACGACCUGUACAUCCCCGAGCCCGAGGGCGACUUCCUGGACUACGAGGAGAGCCUCCGCGGGCCCUCGCUGUUCCGCGAGAGGAGCCUCCAGCAGCAGGACCGCCGCAAGAAGAUGUUGAUGGAGGACGAGGGCUUCUUCAGCGACGACUUCGUGCCCGAGAAGAAGUUCCUGCCGAGCCCCUACGUGGUGCCGCUGGUCAAGAAGGACUCGGUCUACAACCUGGCCAACACGCCCUACGACCUGCAGGCCAUCGGCCGCCUGUACGAGGUGGGCAAGCGCGACUCCAACUCCAUCGACCCCUACAACCUGGAGGCGCUGCAGGACGCCCACUCCGUCGACCGCAAGUCCCUCCGGCCGACGCCCACCGAGCGCUUCUACGACGCCAUCGACGCCAUCGCCAAGAAGAACGUCUACGCCGACGAGAGCGACGCCAGCCGCGUCGCCAAGCUGAGGAACUUCCUCACCUCCGCCGCAGGACGCUACUGGAGGGCCCGCGACGCCGAGGAGACCAGCGCCAGGGACCCGCUCAUCCGCAAGAAGAGGUCCGUGGCCGCCCCGACCGUCGCCGCCGCCGCCGCCGCCGCCAACAAGACCAACGCCACGACGGACGCCCCCCUCUCGGCCAAGGUCCCCGCCCGCUACCACGCCCAGUUCUCCGGCGACCGCAAGAAGCGCGCCUUCUCCGACUACUUCAAGUGGGACCGCCGCAAGAAGUCCCAGCCCGAGGAGGAGGCCCAGGAGGACGAGGCCGCCCAGCAGAAGCGCAGCGACUCCCCCAGGGACUACGACGACUACCUCACCCGCGAGUACUUCAAGAGCAUCGCGCGCUCCGUCGGGCAGAAGAAGAAGAGGAUGGCCUACGCGCAGUUCGAGGCCGACAAGCGGUCCUCGGGCAUCGACGAGUUCCUGGAGAAUCCCUCGAUGCUGCAGUACAUGCAGGCGAUGCUCAAAGAAGCCGAGGAGAAGGUCACGAGCGAAGCCGAGGAGGAACUGGGCCAGACUGACGGCGAAACGAGAACCAGCGACUCCUUGGCAACAUCGUCGUGAGGUUGGACGCCCUCGAGAGGAUGCGGGAGGCCCUGGGGCAGCUGGAGGCGUUGCAGGAGCAGGAGGAGAGGCAGCAGCAGGAGGAGGAGGAGGAGGAGGCGGCUGGUCAGGCUAAGAGAA